GUUUAAAGAAGAAGUCAGAAUCAGUUGCAAGUACCUCAGAAGAUGAAGAUGAAGUUGAAAAACAGAAGGCUGAAAUGGCCCUGCUGAUGAUGGAUGAUGAGGAUGACAACAGAAAACAUUUUAAUUAUAAGAAGAUUGUGGAACAACAGAAUUUGAGCAAGAAGAAAAAGAAACUUCUAAUGAAAAAGAAAGAAUUACUAGAAGAUGACUUCCAGGUAAAUGUUGCUGAUACAAGAUUCCAAGCCAUGUUCACUUCUCCCCUGUUUAAUUUGGAUCCUUCAGAUCCAAAUUUCAAGAAGACAAAAGCAGUAGAAAAGAUCUUGGAAGAGAAAGCUCGCCGAAGAGAAGAAAAGGAGCAAGAUCUUAAGGGAGGAAGCAAGGGGCAGGAGAAUAAGAAGGCAAAGAAAGGAGAGGUUGCUAAGAAAGCCAUAGAUCCUGCCUUGUCAAUGCUAAUAAAAUCUGUCAAAAAUAAAACCGAAGAGUUUCAGGCAAGGAAAAAGCAGAAAUUCAAAUAACUGGACUUU